UCCUGCUGUCUUUGUGCAGCCGAGGAAGCCAAGAUGGCAGCCACUGUGAAGGGACCCGUCGCGGUUGAAGACGUGAAUGUCACAUUUGAAGACCAGCAGAAGAUCAACAAAUUCGCCAGGAACACGAGUCGGAUGACAGAACUCAAAAGUGAAAUAGAGGCAAAAAAAAAAUUGCUGCAGAACUUACAGGAUGCCAGUGACGACCUAAUGAUGGUAGAUGACGACUCACUGUUGAUCCCUUAUCAAAUUGGUGAUGUCUUUAUCAGUCACACCCAGGAAGAAACACAAGAGAUGUUGGAGGCAGCAAAGGAAGCACUGGAGCAGGAGGUCAAAGGCCUUGAGGAACAAGUGUCAGCGAUACAGCAAGUGUUGGGUGAUCUGAAGGUCCAGCUCUAUGCCAAGUUUGGUAACAAUAUUAACCUGGAGGCAGAUGAAAGCUGAGCAGUGAAAUGGACAUUGACAGCUGCCCCAACAAUGGACUUUUUUCAUGCAGGUCUCGUAUCACAUCCACAGGACGUUUGCCAAACAAAGCAUCAACAAGAACAGCUUAGGUUUGUAGCUUCUGGCUUUUGUUUACUCAGAUGAUGUAUGUGUUUAGUUCUGGCAAACAAAUUCACAAGGACAACGAAGGUAAAGAUUUGGAAAUUAAAUAAAUUCACAUAAUUUCUUGUGUAUUUUAAUUGGCCCUUUAUUUAAAGCUCGUGUUAAAUUUUUUUUUUUUACUCUUGUUGAUCAAGCUGAAGUAAAGAAAUAGCAACAAAACAGCUGUGUAGCUUUUUAACUUCUUGCAAAUUUUACAUUCUGCUCUAAAACCCAUUUCAUUUGUGACCCUGCUGCAUAUUUGACGACCCCAAAGGUUUGGAUGAAGUGAACAAACGUUCUCUCUGACACAACAGUGCUCUCUGCUUGGUGAAUUUGUUUCCUUAAAAUGAAAGUGCACAAAAGCAUCAAACAUACUUGACCUUAUUAAGAAUUUUGUGGUGUUAAGGCUUCGAAUCAAAUCAGAGUUGAUUAAAUUAGUAUCGUCUGUCACCAACUGAGCUAACGCACAUCCAGAUUUCUUAAAUAAGUCAUCUCAACUUAAUCUGUGGCCACAAUGUUUAAUUAGCCAUGAUUUACAAAUGAAGGAGCAGAAAGUUAAACCUGAAAUCCACAGAACUGUCUGGAAUUCAGAAACAGAAGCUGUCGUCAUUAGUAACGGUAAAAUAAAUCUGAAACUACACAGUCGCUUUCAGGAGUUGGUCAUCUGUGCAGUUGCGUGUGAGGCUUUGGUUGUGGUGGACAGUGUUUCUAGAGGGACGACAGUCGGUGCACUUCUUUUGAAAGCGAGUGAUCACAAGCACCUCGUGGAAAACCAGCUCAUUAACGGCUGAAAGGACCAAACACGCCUGCUCUUAUGUCAUGAAGCUAAAGAUGAUGCAUAGGAUGAAAACAAUAACUCAGCUGAUGAUACAACACUAAUUUUACUGUCAUGCUAAUCAUUGCAAUCCACGGGUUAAAACAAAUUCAGAGAUUCUUUGAAAGUGCUGUUUGUCCCUUCCUGUAGGUUUCCCCACAUUGUUCUCAUUGUUGACAAACCCUUCACAUGGCUCAGAUAAACUUUAAUGGUAAACUUUUUCAAUACAUUUGCCAUAAAACAAUUAAUAGAUUAAUCAUAAAAUGAAUCUGUAAAUUAAUCAAUAAUGAAAAUAAUUGUUGCAGUCCUUUGUAGUACACAAAUGUUUGUCUUUAUUUGCAUCAGUUAAAAAAAACACUCAGAUAGGAAAUUGAUUUUGCAGCAGUUCAGCAAAUCAAUCUAUGAAUCAAAAUAAUGCACGUUGGCCUCAGAGUUUUUGUCACAAAUAAAAGAAUAAUGACUUCU